AGAGAAAAAAGAAAAAGAAAAAGAGAUGCUGAGGAGCUGGAAGAGAAUGUCAGAGAGAGAGUGAGAGAGAGAGAAAGGCAGAAACAGUAAAUUAGAGCGGAUGAUAUGAACGGGCAGGUGGAGUCGGCGUGAAAGGAGUAGAGGAGGCGUAAAAGAAAGGAAAAGUGAGGCACUGGGGAAGCAAGGUAAAUCGGCUAGAAGGAUUGAGGGAAAUAACAAAGAAAAGGAGGGGGAGGAUAGCUGGAAAGGCGAAAGUUAUUGGGAUUUUAGAGGCUGAGAGGCGAGGAGGACCAAAAAAUUAGAUCAGAGAUAUAGGUGUUUGAUUAAAAAAAAAAAAAAAAAAAAAAAAAAAAAGGAAUUCGCGAGACUAGCAGAGGGAGGAGCUGAAGGAAGAGAGGGCCGAGGAGGAAGGGGACAGAGAGGCCGAGGAAGAAGAGAGAGGUCGAGGGAAGAGAAACAGAAAACGUGGUUCGGUUAGGGUUUACACAUUUUGGGACAGAGCAACGAAGGGAGAGCGGAGGAGGUUCUGGGGAGAUCGAGGAAAACAGAGGCGAGAAAAAAAGGAGAAAGCGGAGAGGCAUAGGAGAAAAAGAGAUCAGAAGCAGAAGAGAGAGGAGAUAUGAGGAUCUUCUCAUGACAUGCAAUACUAUCCCUAGAUAUAUGGUUUAAAUCCUCUCUCUUUUUGGGCUCAUUGAUCGAAAAAUAUCAAAUUGAAACAAAGCAGUCACAUGAAAUAACUAAAAAUGGCGACUGAGCUGGUAAAUUCUGCAACAAGUGAGAAACUGGUUGAAGUGGAUUGGACAAAAAAUAUUCAAAUAUGUGAACUUGUUGCUCAGGAUCAAAGGCAAGCUAAAGAUGUUAUCAAAGCAAUUAAAAAACGACUGGGGAGCAAAAACUCAAAUACUCAAUUAUAUGCUGUUAUGUUGUUGGAGAUGUUGAUGAAUAACAUUGGAGACAGUAUUCAUAAGCAAGUGAUUGAUUUGGGGAUUCUUUCCAUUCUUGUGAAGAUUGUGAAAAAAAAGACAGAUUUGCCUGUACGAGAGAGGAUAUUUCUUCUUCUUGAUGCGACACAGACCUCUGUUGGUGGUGCUUCUGGAAAGUUCCCUCAAUAUUAUACAACAUAUUAUGAUUUGGUGAGUGCAGGAGUUCAGUUUCCCCAAAGACAAAGUGACACACCGUCAAAUUAUCCGACCUCCCAAGCAAAUACAAACAAGACGCUGAAUGGACAACUUGCAUCUGCUAGACAGGAAGGGCUUGCUCCACAAAUCGAGCCUCAGAGUGUUCCAGAAUCUAGUAUCAUUCAGAAGGCUAAUAAUGCAUUAGAGGUUUUAAAGGAAGUCCUUGAUGCUGUUGAUUCUCAAAAUCCAGAGGAUGAAUUCACAUUAGAUCUUGUGGAGCAAUGCUCAUUUCAAAAGCAGCGAGUAAUGCAUCUAGUGAUGACUUCUCGGGAUGAGAAAGUGGUUUCACAAGAUGACUUGAACGAGCAGCUGCAGAAUGUUCUUGCCAGACAUGAUGCACUACUUUCCGGUAGGAUAACAGUUUCAAGCAUGUCUACCUCAAAUGGAAAUCAUCUGAACCAUGAAGAAGAGGAUGAGGAAGAAGAGCCUGAACAGCUUUUUAGAAGGAUGAGGAAAGGAAAAGCAUGUGCCUUGCCUGAAGAUGAAGAAUGCUCAGUUGAACAACCCCCUGUUAGGAUUCCAGAUGGAAUGCUAAACCGUCCACUUAUACGACCUUUAAGUUUGGAUGGAUCACAGGAAACCAAUACACAUCUGCCUCCUGUUGCAAUCCCACCUCCACCUGCAAAACACAUUGAGAGAGAAAGAUUUUUUCAGGAGAAAAAGGUUGAUGGUUCAUGUGUAGCUGGCCACAUGAGAGGCCUCUCAUUACACAGUCGCAAUGCCAGCAGUUCUCGCAGCGGAAGCAUGGAUUUUAGUGACUAGCAACACGGAAGUGAGAAAAUAUUCUUUUUAUUUGAGCAGCUUCUCAAGUUCUUCAGAUUUUGUAACCUGAUCAGCGAGUGUAUUGGACAGCUUUAUUUGAUGCAAGUGAAGGUGUUGUUUUACUGGUAAUAUUCUCUACUGUUGGUCGGAAUGAGAAGGAUUUAGUGGUCAAAUUCAUGUGAUGCCUUGACAUGGAAUUGGUAUUGUUUGCGACUUUCCCAUGGUCUACCAUUUGGUGCUUCUGCUUGUGUAAAACUCAAUUCGUAAAUAUAUAGAAAUAUAUAAGGUUCUAUUUUCUCAAGGGAUUAGGGAUGGAUUUAUUAUUAUAUACGAGUGCAUGUCUGGAAGUCGGUUUGUUAGUAGUUUUUCACGAAGUUGAUUUGUAUCCAACAUUUUGCUUUGAAAGUAGUAACCCUAUGUUGUGUUGUGCAUGGUUUGCUGUAUCCAUGUUGUGGAAACUAAUUAAAGAUGUGCUAUGAAGUUAAUAUA